AUGACUACAAAAAAGAAUGAUGGUGAUGUUAAGGAUGAGGCUGUGAGUGGUGGUGCUGUUUUGGGGAUUUCCGAGAGUGUGUUUGUUGAGGAGAUUUCAGCUGGAGUUUCUAUACCAUGUUAUGGAGUGACUGAUGAGGUUUUGAUUAGUGUUUCUGUUCCAGGGGUUGAAAUGGAUUCUAUUGGGGUUUUUCUUCCAGUUUGUGCUCAUUUGGGCUCAGCUUUGGAGACUCAAAUUCACAAACCCAAAGACCACGUAGAAGACAACCCUCACCACCCCUUAGACCCACUUACCAUGCAAGAAGUCAACAAUGUGCGGACCAUUAUCUCAACUUCUCCACCUUUUUGCCUUCUUUUCCAGCUAUUCACUCCCUAUCCCUUGAUGAAUGAACCUCACAAGGAUUUGGUCUUGGACUGGAAAGAAGGUGACCCUCUUCCUCCUCGCAAAGCACUUGUAAUUGCACCAUUGAAUGGUCAAUCGCAUGUGCUCUCUGUUGACUUUGAUUUGGGCCUGGUCACAAGCAAUGAAAUCAACCAUGGCUCAGGUUACCCGAUGUUAACGAUGGACGACAUUUCGGUGGCAAUGCAAGUCGCUCUCUCUUACAAGUAG